AUGUAAUAUUAGAAACAGUUACUUAAGUAUUUAUUACUAUUUAUUUCCCUUUUAGAAAUACUCUCGAAGAAUAAUAAUAAUAUCGAUAAUAGUAACAAAUAGAUUCAAAAAGAAGAGCUCUUGAAUUAGAAUAAUAAAUACUUUAAGAAUCAGCAAAAGCAUUAGAGUAUGAUUAACUCUAGCGUAAAUAAAUAUAAAAAAUAAAAUAAAGAGAAUUAAGUGAAGCAUAUGAACAAAGCAUUAACUAAAAAAAAUAAAAUCAAAAUAUCAUCAAAUAAAAAUAAAUUUAAGAUGAAUUCAAUCUUGUUUCUUAAGCUUAAUAAUAUUAAGAAAUGUAAAGACAAUAAAAAAUGCAUUAAUAAUAAUAAAUGAAAUAAAUUGCUUAAGCUUCAAUGGAUGAUAAAAUGAGAAAAAUUAUGUAAUAAAAAGAAUUGUAAGAAUAAGAAAAAAUUAAAGAAUAAAUAAAUUAAAGAGAUGAAGAAAAUAGAAUAUAGGAAAAAUAAAAAUAAUAUUAAGAUGUAUAUUUUAAAUUUAAUAUUAGUAUUAUAGACAAGUAGCAGAACAUUAAGAGCGAAUGUCAUAAAAAUUUGCUGAAAAAAUUGGUAGUGCUAGACAAUCGUAAAUUGAAAACAUGAUAAAUCGAGGAAUUGAAAAUGUAUAAUAUAAAGAAGAGAUAGAAGCUCAGUAAAAAAAAUAAAACUAACUUUAUAAUAAAUAAUUGAUGAGAGAUUCCUUACAAAAAUAAAUAUACGAAAGAGAAUAAAGUUCUAAAAAUCAGAAUGGUUCAUAAAUUAUGAGCAAUGGAGUAAUUAAAAUAUAUAGGAUUCUAGUUUAGAAGUCCUGAUAACAAUUAAAUUAAUCCUUAAGUUCAUAAUCCACUUUUGAAUCCUAUUCCUGGGUAUAAUCAAAAUCCAUAUUUAAAUUAGAGGAGCUAAUUAGGCACAUAUGGAAAUUAAGUACUUAAAAUGUAUUGA